GGAUCGCAGAGUACAUGAAGAGCGGAACCGAUCAACGUUUUUGCUCUCUCUUUACGCCCACAAUGUACACAUCACUCAAGUCCGCUAUUCACUGGGGAAAUCAGAAGACAAGUCCGACUGCUGGCCAGAACGACAUGUGCGAGGUGUGCGGGAAGAAGCAGAAAUACGUUGACAACGGAUUCCAACACCCGUAUUGUAGCAAGACCUGCGCUCGUGUCCGAAAUCCUCAGCCUAUCUCGACAUCACAAUGUGCAUCCAGGGGAUGUCGCCUUCCGGCCAAAGUUGGAUAUGCAGGUUUCUGCUCCGAAGUGCACGCCAAUGAUGCCGUUCGACGCGGGCAGAUAGCAGGAUGUGCGCAGUGUAGGACACAAGCUGCCUCCGUUGGUCCCUUGUGUACCACAUGCGACAAGCGCAAUCGGGCUGGACCUCGACUGCGUGAACUAGACCCGAAUGGCGUUACGUUCAAGAGUAUCGUGUCCCAGUUCGGAUAUGAAUGGAAGGGGAGCAAACGUGCUCCAGUCAUCGAGAAGAUCCUGGAGGUGUCUCUUCCUUCGUCUGUGACGUCGCGUUUCAACGCAUAUCGAAUGAAACUGGAUACGACAGCGUACCUGCGGGAUAUCCGCACCUAUCAUGCCGCUCAGUGUAUCUGCGACCUUGGCGUCAAUAAUAUGACAUUCUGUAGCUGGGGAUCAUGUGGGACAUGCAAAGUGCUGAAGUCAGCAUUCCGCGAAUUUGCAUUUGGGGUUCAGUGCAACACCGGAAGGUAUGGCAACGGAAUUUACUCAUACCUGGAUCCUGCCCUAGCCGAUAUCCAUGCGACGUCAACAACCACUUCGCCCUACCGAGCGAUGAUAGCUUGCGACGUUUCCAUACCGUCGGUGAAUGGCCCAGAGCAAGUUGACGAUGGCGAGAGGGUGUUUGUGGCUAGUGCGGAGGCUAUCGUUCCCAGAUAUGUUCUCCUCUACAAAUGAAGUUAUUAGUAUCCGACACUCCUUUAUUUGAAACCGUCUCGCAGCAGACAUAUUUAAGCUAGUAUGAGAACAUCUCAUCCGCUGUUGUCAAUGACUUAUCGAAUAUAUUAGUGUCCAUUGUACAAGGGUAAUAGCAGCAGCAGACUAGGACACCAACAGAGUCCUGAAGAAUCUGCGUAGAGAUUCUGCUACUCCGUCUUCAUGUGCAUCUGGUGGAUCACCAUACACAAUGAGAUAUCCUGGGCGAAUGGCGUCGUUUGAAUAUA